AUGAAUUCUGAUGUUCUCCUCAUUGCUUUUCAUCAUGCAGCAUUUGAUCGAGCAAGUUUUCCGAUCUUUUUUGAUGUUCUAUGUUUCGCUUAUAAUACUAAUGCAAUAUCAAUAGAAGAUGAUGAUGAAUCAUUGCAAUAUAUUGAUUAUGCUGUGCAUGAACAUCUAAUCGAUAUGACAAAAUCUCGUGAAUUUUGGUAUUCACAAUUUGAGGGAUUUAAUCUGAAACGCCGAUUGUCGUUACCAAUCGAUCAACGUGGUUCACCUAAUGAUCAACGAUCUAGUUGUGCUUCUAUCGCUCAAAUCUUUUUUGAGAACGAGAUUUCACAAUUAUUUCGUGAUUAUGCUUCUAUACAUCAUGUGACACCAUUUCAAUUAGGUUUGAGCAUAUUAUAUGCCUUUCUUUUCAAGUUAACUCAUGGUGAAAAUGAUUUAUGUAUUUCUUGCCAUAAUGCUAAUCGGUACAGACCUGAACUGCAGAAUAUAAUAGGCAUGUUUGUUUCAACAUUACCAUAUCGUGUUGAACUUGAUCCUCAUUGGUCAUUUGAUGAUCUUGUUAAAUAUGUACAAGAAAAAUGUUUAUCAGUUCUUGAACAUUCUCAUUAUCCACUUCAACAUAUUCUUAGUGAUUUUCAUCUUAACCAAUCAACCGUUCCUUUUCUUCAAACAGUUUUUGAUUUCAUUACUGUAUCUUCAGUUAACGAUCAGUUUACUUUCGAUGAUGUUAGUUUACAGCCCGUAUCAGUAAAAGAGUUUCCAGAAGUGGCUAAAUUUGAUUUUAAAGUGAUAUUUGUUUACAAUCCAAUGGCAGUUGACAACAUAUUAUCAUGUCGUUUCACUUGUUCACGUGAUCUAUUUGAAGAUACGACAGUUACAAAAAUGAUACAAAGAUUUCAAUAUCUUUUCGAACAAAUUUUUUCAAUGAAUCUCAAUGUUAAUCAGACUGAUUUAAUUGUUUCACCUAUUGCCAAACUUACUCUUAUCUUACCAGACGAAGUGAAUGAAAUGCAACAAGUAGCCUUUUAUCGUCAAUCAAAUGUGACGAAUGAAGCACCAGCAUCAUUUGCACAAGCUCGUAUUUGGCUCGACGAACAAAUUCGUUUCAAUUCUAAUCAAUCUCAAGUAGCAAUCUAUAACACGUCUUUUGUGUAUCGUCUCCAUUUAGGAUAUACUUUAUCAAUUAAACAACUUUAUCGCGCUCUUCAACUAGUCGUCAAAAAGCAUGAAUCACUUCGUACGUCACUCAUAUUUCAUAAAGAAAAGAAUCUACUUAAGCAACAAAUUAUUGAUUUGAACGACAGUAACAAUGCACUAUUUUCUCUUAUUGAAAGUAUGUUUGAAACAGAUGAACAAAUCAACAAAAUUUUAUAUGAUGAACAACAAAACACGCAACAUUUUGAUAUCUCCCAAGGUCUUGUCUUCCGUUGCCACCUUGUCUACUACAAAGAAAUCUCGGCUAAUGAUCUUCUUUCUGAUAAAGAUGUAAUCAUCUUUAAUUUUCAUCAUGCUUUAUUUGAUUUUUCAUCAAUGAAUAUAUUUCUUCAUGAUCUCAAUCAAGCAUAUACGACAGGUCAAUUAUUAUAUGAUGACAACACUCAUCUACGUUAUCUCGAUUAUGCUGUUAUUGAACAACAAAUGUCAAUGACCGGCGCAAGCAUGUUUUGGCUCGAUGCUCUUCAUGAUUGUAAGCUUGAUCAACCUUUGCCAUUGCCAUAUGAUCGAUAUCGACUUCCAAGCGAACAUCGAACUGAUCGUGUAACAUCUAUUUCUUUUGAUUUUGGUCCAAAUCUGUCACAAUACUUUCUUAUUUAUGUAUCAUCCAAUAACAUAUCAUCUGAACAUCUCAUACUUGCUAUUUAUUUUCUCUUCUUAUUGAAAUUAACUAAUGGAGAGGACGAUUUAUGUAUUGGAAUGACUGUCGAUAAUCGAUACAGAGAUGAAUUUAAAUCAAUCAUUGGAUUAUUUGAGAACAUAAUUCCAUUAAGAUGUCAACUGGAUCCUCAAUGGUCUUUUCAUCAACUCCUUGCGUGCGCUCAAGAGUUUGUAACAAAAAGUAUGAAGUAUUCCUAUUUUCCUCUUCAACGAAUCCUUGAUCAACAUUCUAACAUAUCAAAUCCUGCUUUUAUUAAAACAUCAUUUGAAUUCAUAUCAACUACAAUACAAGAUAAUAAGAAUACGAUAAUACUUAAUGAUAAUCAACUUUCUUUACUACCAUUUUCACCGAAGAUUAGUGGAAAUGAAAUAAUGAAUAAAUAUGAUUUUAUCACUAGCUUUCAGCAUAACCUAGAUGUGAAUGUACUAUCAUGCACAAUCAAUGCAUCACUUGACGUAUUCAAUGUAGAAACAAUUGAUAACAUAUCUCAACGAUUUCAUUCAAUGUUGAAACAAUUAUUUACAUCUGUUGAUGAUCAAACGAAUAAAUCAAUCCAUGAAAUAUCAUUAACAUUAGCAAAUGAAAGAUUACUUAUGCAAUCA